UUUGAACGGAACGCCUAAUGCAGAGACCAACUCAAUGGCCAUAUAUUCGUGUCGUACCGGCAAUGAGACGGACAUUGAGUUAAGAGGAGAUAACAAGAGAGUCUGUAUUAAAGGCUUUUGGAGCGGUUCUCAACCUAAAUGUCUUAAGAAAGGCACGGAUUUGCAUAACUCGAGUGAUUACCAAAGAUUUAGUAAAUAUUCUGAAUACACAAACAAAACGGAUGUCAAUGUGAAUCCAGUACCCAUUCAAUUAAAUUGGUACCGGGUUCAUUUGGUAGUCAUAUCAAUGUUGGUAUCCUUUCUCAUCGGCGCCUCAUUUAUCGGAUUAAUUGUCUUCUUAGUCAUGAAAUAUGUGGUGAAUGUAAGGCACAGAAGGGCUGAACUAAGUGUCCCAUCAGUGGUUGUGAGCGAACCCAACCAUUACUACGAGAGAAACACUUAUGAAGAAUACAGAUAUGAAUCCAUAAGAAUGAAUGCAUUGGAGUUCUUGGAGUUGGAAAGGAUUAACUCAUUAUAUCAAUCAAAUAAUGGAUAA